UCCGAUAGCACCUGCGAAAGCGAUAGCGUCGGCAAUCGAAUCCGAAUUUCCCACUUAAAAACUAAGAAAUUUUUGUGAGCCACCAUGGAAACUCCACCCACACCCACCACGACCACACCUCCAGCAUUAGCAACUGAGGGCACCAUGGACGACAUCCAAUACCUGCUGCACCUGGAAGCGAUGCGCCGUUUUCAGGAAGACAGCCGCAAUGUAAAGCGCCAGGUGGAGGAGCAAGUGCGCAUUUGGCUGGACGCCAAGUGUGAGUAUCAGCGGGACUUUGGGCGGUUGGCGAGGCUCCUGAAGUGCGGUGCCCUGCAGGCGGCCGUGGAUGCCCAUCGUGUAUCUGAUGUGAAUCAAGUCGAACAGGCGGCCAAGGAUAUCGCUAGUCUGCGAUCCAAACUGGGCAGUGAUCUGCGUCCCGCCAUUCUGGACUCCAACGAUGUGAAGCAGUGCCUGGAGCAUCUGAACAGCACCCACAAACCGCGCCUAAAUCUAUGCCGGCAGCAACGGGAGUUCGCCCAGAACCAGGAAGCUCUAAGAAGUUUGCGUACCGCCGUCGAUGGAUUGGAGAAUGGUAUGGAGAUGGGCAUGAUACAGGCAAUGGACCGACUUGUGGAGGACCUUCUCCCACCGCGAGAAACAAACAACUAGCCGGUAGUCUCAAAAGUAUAUAUGAUAUUGUAUGAUAUAAACUAGUUUAUAACAUUAAAAACGGAAACUGUAAAUGAAAA